CGCUGCGUACAAUUGACGAAAAACUGCCAGUGUGUCAACAUAUUAUUCAAUUUAUGAUUUUAUAUUAGGAAAAUGUCUUUUUCUGAUUUAUAUGCUAAAUACAACUGUACAUAUUGUCAAGAAGAAAUAAAUGGUGUUCGCGUACGAUGUGCGGAGUGUAAAGAUUUUGAUAUUUGUUUGCAGUGUUUUUCUCAUGGUGCUGAAAUUGGAUCUCAUAAAAAUGACCAUCCUUACCAGUUUAUGGAUGCUGGAGCAUUUGGUAUUUUUUUGGGACGUAACAGUUGGUCAGCGAAUGAAGAAGUAAGAUUAUUGGAUGCUAUAGAACAAUUUGGUUUCGGGAAUUGGGAAGAUAUUGCUAAGCAUAUUGAAACCAGAACACCAGAAGAAACUAAAGACGAAUACAUAGCAAGAUAUCUAGAAGGUAGUAUUGGACGUGCAACAUGGGGUAAUGUGGAAAGUACUAGUCGACCAUCAUUGCACUGUCCUGACAAGGACCAAGGUCCACUCAGCCCCACAGCUGUAUCUCGACUACCACCAUUAGCCAUAACCACAGAUGAGGCGGCUCAACUUGGUUAUAUGUCAAAUAGAGAUGACUUUGAAAGGGAACAUGAUCAUGAAGCUGAACAGUUAAUAUCGACUUUGUCAAUCAAUUCAGAAGAUGAUGAGCUGGAUGUUGCUCUGAAAUUAUCUCAAGUAGAUAUAUACACCCGGCGACUUCGUGAAAGGACGAGAAGAAAACGUCUCGUUCGAGACUAUCAGCUGGUAUCUGUGUUUUUUAAUAACCAAAGAAAUAAGCAAAAGACACUUGGGAAAUUAGCCAAAGAGAAAAAAGAAUUCACAGAGCGUCUUCGUUGGACGGCACAGUUCUACGGUCGAUCGGAACAAACGAGCGUAGUAAGCGGUCUUUGGCGCGAGCGAGAGUUACGCGUUCGAUUGGCUGAAUUACACCGUUACAGAUUAGCAGGCGUCACACGUUUAGAAGAAUGCGCGCACUACGAGCAGCACGCGUUGCAUAGAAAACAUGGACACGACGUGAGGCUUGCCCUGGGCAGCAGUGGGUGUCCGGACACACAGAUAAAAGACUCGUCGACCGGGCUGCAGCUAAGAAAAAAAGACGCCGAAAGCGCCUCAAGUUCAACCAGCCCAAAGUGCACACGGGACGGAAGUACCGGAUGUGGAUGCUGCAAAAAGAACUGCUCCAACGCCGCGCAGAAGCUGCUCAACACUAAUGAGGCACAGAUUUGCAACACGCUCAGCCUAGCGCCUACGCAAUAUAUAACAAUGAAGGGAAUGCUUCUGCGAAGAUCACCUACGACGCACGGCGAGAUUGACCAGGCUCUUAAGCAAUACUUGCACGCGGCUGGUUGGAUACGCAACUAAUCACAGUGAAAUAUGAAAUGUCACGAACGUGAUAAUCACAGUUAUGAUAACAGUGACAUGCAAUUGACACAGUAUAACAAGAAAAUAAUUUAAAAAAAAAACGGUGAUCUUCCUUGGUGAAAUAAAGAGUGAAGUGAAGUGUUAAAAUGAAACUGAAGUUUGUUCUAUUUUACUAUUUACUAUAUGGAUAAAGAAAGUGUUGUCUUGUGAAGAGUGCGUCAUUACAACGCUAUAUGUAAGUUCACUUCUUUUUGUAAGAAAAUUGCCACAAAAAAGUUUACUAGUUACUUAGCUAGGAGCUUUUGUCGGCUUAGCCAAUUAUAUGUAUAUAUUAUAUUGUAAAUAUGCAUUCAAUUGUAAACAUAUUCAUAUAUGCUGUGUUUCAUACCAUUCAUAUAAAAUACCGGAAUCACCAUGACUAAAUGCUUCUUUACUAUUAAUAGUAAAGUAAAAUUAUGUCUUAUAAACAAAAAACACAGUAGUAGUGUAUAGUAAUAAUCAUUCAGCGUUGCCUUUGUGUAGUAUAAUAAUAAUUACAGUCCACCAUAAUGAGAAGUCUAAAAUGAAAUUGUAACUUUAAUCAUGUAUUUAAGUAGCACUGAUGCGUUAGAUAGCAAAGAUUCAUGAGCCGAGAUUUAGCAUUAAGCAUGUCAAAAAAGUAAUGGGUUUUGACAUACGAGAGUUGAACUUAGCGCUGUCUUGACUUUGAAUUUUAUCCUUAGGGUUUAUAGUUAUGCUAUGUAUUGAAUAACCAAUGUUAUACAAUAACAUAAUAAGUACUAAUUUUAAGUACGGGCAUUUGUCUUUUUUUAUAUAAAAAGUUAAUAACAGUAUUUUAACUGAAAAAAUGGGCUGUUUAUUUAAGAUUACCUCAUUAAAAGUUACAUUCUUGAAUACUAGUUGUGUAUAUAUAUGAGAGCCACAAGUAUGCUUGUACCAAGGGAAUAUAUAAUUUGCAUGAAACGAAAUUGUGGCGGUUAAAGUUAAGACAAUGGUAAAUUUAGUUUGACCAAAGACCUUUUCAACCAUAUCUAUCCCCGCUUGUACCUUAUUGUCCUGAUCUUGUAGAUCAUACAUUUUGUAUAGAAUACUCCUUUGACUGUUGUAUAUAGUAUAAAUUGGUGAUACUGCUUCUCUGUUGGAAAGUCAGACCAGGGAGGAAUUGACUUUUAUGUAAUGUAAUUAUGUAAAUAGAAUUAUCAAUUCAAUGUAAAUAAAAUUUAGAUUUUAAACUUAUAAGUUAAAAAAGACAAAAAAAGUAAGAGCGAUCUUUACAGUCUGUCUAUGGGUAAUAUCCUCUCAUGUGUUCUAAGGGUAAGACUUAGUGCAAACUACCUUUUAUAUAUGGGACAUAUACUUUGCGGUAAUUUCAGCCUAAGUUCUGUAAUCAACAUUUCAGUUAUACAAAAAACAGUCUUUAAUUGUACAAAAAAUUGUAAUUGUUAAUUAAGUAUAUCUUUAUAAUUUCUCAUUCUGCGACUUAAUGAUAAUUUGACAUUAUUUCUUGAUUCAUAGUAAAUUUUAACGGUUAUGUUAUAGUAUUUUUUUAUUGUUGUGAUAACAUCAGAAAGUUUCAGACUUUUCUUUAUAAAUGUCCCUAAAAUUUUCCCAUAAUCAAGUUAUAACAUUAUUUACUUACGGGAAUAGGUUUGGAAAACGUUAUUAAUUAUGUAUGUAAACUAAUUUUGUAUUUAUUGAUUAUCUUAUCGAUCUCUCUAUUAUUAAGUAUGAUAUGGAGCAAGUUCUUUAGUAACAAAAUGGGUGUUUUCAGAUAAUUCACAUUGAUAAUUAUCUUUGUUAACUUUACUUCUAAGCUUGUAAAAUCCUUGUACUGAGGCACCAAAUUGAUGUUAAUGAUGGAAAAAAUAAAAUAUAUUUGUAAAUGUAUGUUAGUAUAUUAUUAAAGAUAUCAUAUGCGAACUCUAUAUUGUUGUUAAACUUUAUAACUUGUCCCUGUCUUAACCUGGUAAAGUAACUGAAUGCAUUUAGCUUAAAAUUCAAGACAAGUGUGACACAAAACUUUUUAAGAAGUUCAUAUAUCUUACCGUUUAAUGCUUGUUCUGAUGUAACUAACUCUACAGUAAGCGUAUCUCGAAUUCUAUGAUAAUUUCGUCAAAUAUUGAUUGCUAUCUGUUAGUGACUCUGAUAAAAAAAUUGACUUGAUUUUGACACCUCGAAUGCACAAAUUUUGCCAAUUUUGACAUGCUAUUUGAACUCUCUAUUUUCCAUGUAUUUGGUUACAAGAAAGAUUACAAGCUUUAUAUAUAAAAUUUUAGUUAUUCCAUUACGUUGAAAAAUGUAUUCUCGUGCUGCGCGGCUUCAAUUAGCUUUUGUAUUACUGUUAUUUCAUUUUGAAUCUGACCAAUUUCUAAGAUUUUUAGAGUUUUAAGUAAAAAAAAAACUUUUUUAUAUAGAAAUAGUAGUUUAAACGAGAUAAAGCAAAUAUAUAGAUUGUAUCAAAAAGGCCAUAAAUUUUAUGACGCUAAAGAUGCAUUAAUUGUUUUGUCACUACAGAAAUAAUUGAACGGAUCUAAACAUUUAUUUCAAUAUUUGGGGAAUAUUAUUAAGAC